GUGAAGUUUCCCGACCGAUAGCGAUAGCAUUUCAUCAAAGUUACUAGCAGCCGACCGUGGAAAUGGCAGACACCCAAGCUAAUGAACCAGCAUCGAUGGUGGAGCAUUGUGGGUGCUCCACUAAAACUAAGGAAACUCGAGCGCAACUGACCGCGUUAGAGCAAAUCAACGAAAAUCUGCAGAAAAAACUUGACGGGUACAUUAAGGAUAACGAAAAUCUGGUGAUUAAAUAUGCGUUCGUCGAAAAGAAGGUGAUCGACCUGAAAGCCCUGGUCGAGGAGAAGGAUGGCAGGAUAAAGCGAUACGAUCAUGAGAUUGCCGGACUGCAGAAACAAAUAGGCACGCUCAAAGUGGAUAAACAGAAGUUGCAGAAAAAUAUCGAAUCAAAGACACGUGAGCAUGAGAAUCUUGCUAGAGAAAUAGAGAGCAGUCGCCAUUGUUCAUCGCAGAUCGAAGUGAAGUAUAAAUACAACAUCGUUCGUCUACGCAGGGAAGCUGAAGAGCGAAUGAAACUGGAGACAGAAGUGCUAAAUAUGCGUCAACAGUUAUUACAGCACACGAUUGCAGAGGAGACACACCAGUCGGCUGAACAGAUGGCGGAGAUGGAGCGAAAGGUGAUGGAGCUGCAGGCGCGAGAGAUCAUGCUGAAGCAUGCGAAUGACGAGCAGGGAUCACGGGUCGCUGCGUUGCAAAAGCUCAACGCGGAGCAACGAGACAGUCUGGAGAAGCAACAGAAGGCCUACAACAACACGAUAAAUUUGCUCAAGGAAAGCGAAGCCAAAAAGGAACAACUAGGGCAGGAGAUAAUCCAGCUGCAGGAUACUCUCGAGCGUCAGGAGAAACAUAUAAACGAACUGAAAAAUAAAUUCGAUGCUGCAACUAUUGCCGCACAACAGUUAUCGUAUAUGGAAAGUCUUCUGGCUACCCAAGGCAAAGAGCUGGAACAGCUUACGCUUGCCCUGGACGAGCACAAAAGGGACAUCGAAUCUGUCAAGACGCGGGAGCUAGAGCUGCUGGCGUUGAAUAAAGAUCUCAGCGAGGUGAACUGCUUGUUGCAGCAGGAGAUCACCAAACAGGAGGCGAAAACGAUCGCCAUCACACUGGAGUAUGGCAAGUUCGUCAAGAUGUGCCAAGAGUACGAUGCGCAAAUCGUGAGUUUGGCGAACUCGUUGGCUCAUGAACGGCAGCAGCGCGCCGAAGAGCGGCUGCUGAUGGCGAAACACAUUGCGGACAAAACUAGAAAACUCGAGCAGGCCGAGCAGGAUUUGCAGCAAACCAUAAAUGAGCUUGAAGCGUGCCGGAAAAAGUAUUCCUCCUUGACAAAGGACUUUAAGCGUGAGAUGAAACAUUUCCGGCAUGACGUUGAUGGCACAAUUACGAAUCACGAACUUUGAGGAUGGUCCCUGUUAUUGACCUUUACCACUGUAUGUGGCGUAUGUCGUUUUUGUUUUGCUAAUGAAAUACAGAAUUUAUUGGUUAAUCA